UAUUCGUAACAGCGGUCCGGAGCGCGUUCCCGUCCGCGAGGAGAACAUUGGGCUGAAGGCGGCAGGCAGACGGUUAAAGGCCGGCAUCGGUUCGCUGAGAAACCCACAAAACCUAACCGAGAUGUCAGAGGAGAAGCCGAAGGAAGGAGUGAAGACAGAGAAUGACCACAUCAACCUCAAAGUUGCGGGGCAGGAUGGGUCAGUUGUCCAGUUCAAAAUCAAACGGCACACGCCGCUCAGCAAACUAAUGAAGGCGUACUGCGAACGACAGGGUCUUUCAAUAAGGCAGAUCAGGUUCAGGUUUGAUGGCCAGCCGAUCAACGAGACGGACACACCGGCACAGCUGGAGAUGGAAGAUGAAGACACCAUAGAUGUGUUCCAGCAGCAGACUGGCGGGUGUUGCUAAGCCCUACCCCCCCACCUCACUGAUGGCCAUGUUCAGACCGUGCCCUCAACCACCUUCACUGUCCUUCCCUCCUUCCCCGUCUGCUCCUGCCAGCUUAUUGUCAUAAUUAUUAUUAUUAUUAUUAUUAUUGACAUGAUUUUUUUUUUCUUUUCAAAGACAUGUCGGUGCUCCUUAGCUGUUCAUGCGCUGUCUUAGUCUGGGCUGAACUUCAGAGUUUUCGAUCUUUGCAGCUGGCCGGUCAGGACCAUCUUCUCCUCUCUGGCGCUGCAGAUUGUAAUCGGACCAACGGCUCACCACAGAAACCAUGAGGCUCUGCAGGGUUUUUUUUUUGUUGUUUUUUUUUGUCCAAUGGCCGCAGUCAGUGGGGCGUUCAAGUGUUUUGAAGAGGGGUGGGAGAGAGAGAGAGAGCACCGGUUGAACUGGACGCCCACCUGCUUGCUAUUACACAUUGCUUCCCUCCUACCCCCCCCCUAAAAAGAUGUAUUUUAGGUAUCUUUUACAUUUUAGGUGCUUCUGCAUUGUUUUUGUACUUCCUGUGACCGGUUUUAAGAGGAUUUGUUUUUUUUCUUUCUGUAUAGAAAUCUCCAAGUGGGUGUUAGAUUAGCUGUGAGGUUAAGAACAAUACUCCCAAAGACAGAACAUCUGCUUCUCUGUAAAUGUAACGUUUCUCUAAUUGCAGGGUGAAAACGGUGUCGUUUUGAGGCGUUGCGUUAGAUCGUUAGUAUUCAGCUCCCUUGCUCCUACGUAGAGAACAAUCUGUUGUACAGGUUGCCAUUUGCUCAGGCGAAAUGCUCGAUCCGGGGGGGGGGGGGCGCAAAAUGAUACGAUGCCAUCGAAGUAGGGUUAGAUUUGGCCGUGUCUCGGCGACAAAUGCAUCUUUAUCCUUUUUCUCUUUUUUUUUUUUUUGGGCUAUAAGUGAAAGUGAUUUGUCCCUGUGAUAGAGGACUGUGGGCGAAAACAACCGAGAAGUUGUUUUCGUUGUCGAGCAGCUUCCAGUUUGAGCGCGAACACCCAUCCAACGCAGAAGGUUGUAAGCACAUUUUUAUUUUUUAUUUUUUUUUUACGAUUCAUCACCCGCUGAGAUGUAUUUACCAGAAAAGGGGUAAAAGAAAAGAUGUGUCACAGAGAGUGGAUAUCUAAGAAGUCUCCUCGAUCUUCAGAGUGAGACGUCCGCGCGUCGCAGGAAGUUCCAGCCAGCGGCGUCUGGGGAUAAGCGCGACGGUCGCACACUCGCUCGUUCUUUCGUAGUUCGACGCAAGGUUGGAUAUUCAGGUUCAGAGUCAAACGAGCCGGGCGCUUUUGAAGCAACCGAGAGUCUGCAGGAAAGCGAGCCCGUGUGGAUUCGCCUGGAGCUUUACGUUGGCUUUUAUGCUUUAACGGUGGUCAGAAAAGGAGUUGCUUUGCUAGUUUUUGUUGUAACUGAUUAUGCUCAGUCUCAUUUUGAUCACGAUAUCUAAAUAAACGACAGCAAACUCCCCCUUUUUGUUUCCUCUAGCCUGCCAGAAAGCCAUUUCCUAUUUUAUAUCAAACUUAGCCUUCAUCUUAUUCAGCUGUAUUUUUGUAUGCAUCCUUUUUAUCAGUUGAGUAAAUGACGGUAUCCAUUAAUAAACAAAACGUUCUCCAUACUGGCCGCCUACUAGUUGAACUCUUACUGUUUUAGGUUCACAAAUGACUCCUGGACAUCCGCCCCUCUUCGUUGAACGGGCGUGUUAGAGGAGGGGUAAAGUCUUUGUGUGGCACAACGCUUUUUACUGGUAGUGAUUGUGAAUUUGCCUUUCAUCAUAAAUUAUAAGAGCACAUUAUUAUCAGUAACCUACAAAUCAGCCUUCCACAUUCUCGGCAUUUUAACAAAUGGGUUUAUCUGGACAGAAGUCGUUUUUUUUUUUUUUUUUUUUUUGAUUUUCCUGGGAGGCAGGCUGAACUACACUGUUAUGACGAAUGGGGUCCAGGUUCUCGUCUUGUUUGUUUUUCUCUACUGAUUUGUACAUUAUUUGUUGUCUUUUACUACUGUAUACAAUAAAUAUAGUUUGGUACUCAGAUA